UCAUUAUAGUGCAGCUAGUGACGGAAAGAGCACUUUCUACAAUGUCUGCCACUGACCUGCAACGGACAACUUCUUUGAUUGGUUACAAUACAACCGCAGGCAGAAACUGGUCGUAUUAUAAUGGAAACAAAUCUGACCUGACGUACGAGAUGGAUCCGAACGAAAUUAUUACGACACAGGCUCGUCAUAUUCCAAUUAUUCUGUUCUCAGUUUCCGCUAACCUUUUUAUUAUUGUGAUAAUUCUGAGUAACAAGAGCUUACGGACACAAGCAUUCUUCCUCGGUGUCCUCAGCAUCAGCAUCUUUGACCUGUUAAAUGGCGCAUUUGUACUGCCAAUGAAAAUGGAACACGUGUUCCAUUGGGUUGACAGCUGGCGCCAUGGACAAAAUGUUUGCACUGCUUUUCAAAUAAUCUCGAUUAGCAAGGCGCUCCUUUCUUCUCUAAUGAACAUCGCUGUAUGUGGAGAAAGACUGCUUGCCAAACUUACAUAUGUCGCCGCCAUCAGCAAGAAAAUGGCAUCCACCUUUGCUGGGGUACUAAUUUUCCUACCCUGGGGUAUCGGUUCGCUGGUAUGUGCACCAAUCCUUGUCAGCAACCGGGAGGACGUGUCACAACACUUCGGAAAUAUGGAUAAGUUUUGUGUGUUUGUGUUGGAGGAAGCUUCUCACAUCCCUAUCAUCGUUACCAUGUAUUUGGUUCCAUUCGGGCUGCUUUUGCUAGUACCUGCAGUAAUGUUGGUUGUGUACAAGUACAAACACCUUCGCUGGCAUCGUUUAUCGACGGAGACUGUAGAACCGGAAGCUGUCAAACUGUAUAUGUCCACUUUGAGUGCGUGGAUUGCAAGUGUUGUUUAUGUUGUUUUGCACUGUCCUCUAGCGGUUUUGGUAUCUCUUUUCGUUAUGUGUACAAAAGGAAAAGUCGAUUGUCCAGACAUACUCGCUUAUGUGAACGCGACCACCGUCGCUACCAUUUCAAGCGCCGUGACGCCUUUUGUUUGGAUAAUUACGGUAGAAAUCCGCGCAGUUUUGUCAUCCAUCAAAGCAAGCAUUACUCGGUUUGCGUUCCCGACUGAUGGACGAAAGAGUGUUCUAUCGUUCUCUUCUCUUCGAAACAAAAUGUCCUCUGACGACACUGUUGUCCUAUCUUAGUAAGAGCUGUUUCGGUUACUGGCCAUGUUUUUGUAAUUGUGAUGUUUUGGAAACAAGAGCUGUUCGGAACUUUUGUCCACCGUGACGGUAGCACACAAAGUAUCAUAGAUACUGAUGACGUUCCAGGGAAGAAUAGGUAUGAUAUGUACGGAUCCAGAUUGUGAAUGUAAUUAUUCUGGCAGUGAAAUUUUGGUGAACGCUCAGGAUGUACAGAUUUCAGAUUCGAUUAUUGGUAAAAGUCGCGCACUUAGGACAGCAAGAACACGAUCAGACAUCGUUUUAAUGAUUUUAAGAAUGAGAUGAAGUUCAGUAUGUGAUAAAUUUUUGUGUAAAUUUUUGCCUUCCUGAAUAUCUAUAAAAUUGUA